UGGGACCUGCGCGCGUCGGGAUGGAGCCCGGAGCUCGCCCGCUGCUCGCCCUCUGCCUCGCCAGCUGCCUCCUGGCCCCAGGCUGCCGGGGGGCACAGGGCAGGUUCGCCUACAAGCUGCUCCACGACCUCUUCGCCAACUACUCCAGUGCCCUGCGCCCCGUGGAGGACACGGACCGGGCGCUCAACGUCACCCUCCAGAUCACCCUCUCCCAGAUUAUUGACAUGGCCUGGCUGGACGCCCACCUCACCUGGGACAAGGAUGCCUACGAUGGCAUCGACAGCAUCCGCAUCCCCAGCAGCUACGUCUGGCGGCCGGACAUCAUCCUCUACAACAAUGCCGAUGACCACUUUGGCGGCUCGAUGGAGACCAACGUGGUGCUGCGCUCCGAUGGGCACAUCAUGUGGGACUCGCCCGCCAUCACCAAGAGCUCCUGCAAGGUGGACGUCUCCUACUUCCCCUUCGACGGGCAGCGGUGCCGCCUCACCUUCGGCUCCUGGACCUACAACGGGAACCAGAUCGACCUCCGCAACCGGCUGGACACCGGGGACCUGACGGACUUUGUGGAGAACGUGGAGUGGGAAGUGCUGGGCAUGCCGGCCACGAGGAACGUCAUCACCUACGGCUGCUGCUCCGAGCCCUACCCCGACGUCACCUACACCCUGCUCCUCCGCCGCCGCGCCUCCUUCUACAUCUUCAACCUGCUCCUGCCCUGCAUCAUGGUCUCCUUCCUGGCGCCCCUCGGCUUCUACCUGCCGGCCGACUCGGGGGAGAAGGUCUCGCUGGGGGUGACGGUGCUGCUGGCCCUCACCGUCUUCCAGCUGCUGGUGGCAGAGAGCAUGCCCCCCGCGGAGAGCGUCCCCCUCAUCGGGAAGUACUACAUCGCCACCAUGACCAUGAUCACGGCCUCCACUGCGCUGACCAUCUUCAUCAUGAAUGUCCACCACUGCGGCCCGGGGGCCCGACCCGUGCCCCCCUGGGCCAGGCGGCUCAUCCUCCACCACAUGGCCCGGCUCUGCUGCGUCUACGAGGUGGGCGAGAGCUGCAAGAGCCCUCCGCGGGCGCCGGGCGGGCGGGCGGGCAGGGGGGACGCCGGGGGGCCGGGGGAGAGCCCCGGGGAGGGGGAGGUGGGCACCGAGGCAGGGGGCUGCCCCCGGGACCGCUGCCCGUGCCACCACGACGGCCUGCUGAGGAACGUCGGCUACAUCGCCAGCUGCUUGCGGCGCCACCGAGCCGCCCAGCGCCGGACCAGCGAGUGGAAGAAGGUGGCCAAGGUGAUGGACCGAUUCUUCAUGUGGGUCUUCUUCCUCAUGGUCUUCCUCAUGAGCGUGCUGGUCCUGGGCAAAGCUGCCUGACGGCCCCGCGCACCCACCGCCCCGAUGCACCCCCUGCCCACGACCGCCCCUGGGGACGGUGGUGGCCGUAGGUGCCCCGUGAAGGUGGCUCGUCCCGAGCACCCCCUGGCCACCCACGGAGCUGCGGGUGGGAGAUCCACCAGAAUCAGGGGAGAGGAGCCCGACAGCGGGACCCCCGUCCCGGCCGGGGCCGCCCCGGCUGCAGGGCUGAGGGGUCCCAGCCCCCCAGGUGGCUGCGCCAGGGCAUGCACCCGCAUCCUCCCAUUGCACCCUGCACCCAAAAAAUCCAACACAAUGGAAAUAAACCCUGGAGCGUGUGUCUUCCCUCCCCUGCCUGGUGGCUGUGGGGGGGGUCCCGGGGCCUCAAUGCCCCGGGGAGGGCUGCAGCACCGGCACCGGCACCAGCUGGUGUGGGCUGGGGCUGUGCGUGGAGUGGGCAGCAAAGAGGUGUGGGACCCUCGGGGACCCUUCUCUCCAUGGGGCCGUGCCUGGUCCUCGCAGCCUCAUCCCGAGCGCCACAGUGGAGGGAGGGCUGGGCAGAGCCUUUCCCUGCAUGGAUGUGUAUGUAUAGAUAGAUAUACAGACAUAAAGUUGUGUACAGACACACAUACAUACCCCUACGUUGGCACCGCUGUCUGGCAGGGCCCUGGUCCCUGAGCCACCCCAGUCCCCCAGUUAUCGGUGCUGCUUGGGGGUCUCACAUCACCCCAAAACCGCCCACGAAACCCCACAGUGCCCUGAGCUGCAGCCACUGCUCCCGGCCAUGCCGGCCAACUCCCAUGUGCCCACUGGCAUCUGCCGCCCUGCCCAGCCAGGGCUGGGUCCACCGCAGCCCCCCGAGAUGCUGCUCCAGCCUCCGGCAGCCCCGGUGAGGGUCCCGAGGGAGCGGGAAAGCCCCUGCCCCGUCCCCUCUGGGCGCUGGCUGGGGCGAGGAUGGUGCCUGGCAGGGAUGGAAGGAUCUGGCCGUCGACACCUUCGAUGACAAACUCACGGGGCUCCCCGUGGGAAGGGGUGCAGCGCCCGGCAGGAGCUCUGGAGCUGCUGCCCACCCCAGGCAGGGCAGGUGGGUCCCGGGGUCCAUCGGUGUCCGCUCAGCCCAGCCCGUGGCGGCCAACAUCCCGCGGUGGAGACCCUGCAGUGGCGUCCCUCCCCGGGGACCCAUGCAGCAGCAUGGCACGGCACGCUUUGAAGUUCAGAGCCAAAGCGGGUAGGACCACGGGGCCAACGCAGCAGCUGGUGGCGCCAGGGGGGGCAGCCCGCAGACAGGCCCCCAGCCUCACUGCCGAGCAGAGGUGAAACCCCAAAACCUCAUCACAGUGGCGCAGGAUCCCAAACCAGGCAGGUACAGCACCCGCUCCCACCCUGAGCAGCACUGGUGCCGCCGUUCUCCCGGCACCCUUCGCUCCCCGGCUGCUCCUUGGAGGACCCAGGGGGUCUGGGGGGGGGAGCACGCUCCGUGAGCAGGGACACCUCUUGAUGCUGAGAGACCCCGUACCUGACACCAGGCACCGACGGCUUGGUACGUGGCAUUGUUUGCGUGCAGGUAACAUUUAAGAUACGUGUAGGAAGCUUACGCGAUGAGCUUUGUAUGCUGCCCUAACGUUGAGUAGAGCACUGACUGCUGAUCCAUCUGUGCUUAUUAAAUAUUUUACAUCCCUACACUGACUGAUAAGAACUCGAUCAACUAACGACUAGAUGAGCUCCGGCCGAGUGACCUCUGACUCUUCUCCUGACCGAGACCCUGUGCCAGGGGGCCGGCCCCCGGCCCCCGUCGCUGCUGCCACGCACCCCACGUAGCGGCCAUCGGGGCUGGCCUGGGUGGCACCGAGGUCUCUCCCGGCUCCGUUAC